ACGAUGAUGCGCUGCGUCGGCCUCGUGGCCGCCGCGGCCUACGUCGCCAACGCCCUCGUGGCGCCGCCGCGGGCCGUGCGACGGCUAUCGGGCGCCCUGAACGUCCUCGGGGAGCGGACGCUGUCCGAGGAGAAGGUCCAGGGCCUCGACGGCGUCAACGCGAUGAAACUCGCGUCGGACCACCUGCGCCACCCGCUCGUCGAGGACCUCGGGGACCUCGAGACGAUCUCCAUCAGCCACGACAGCUACAACCUGCUCAAGUUCCACGGGUCCUACCAGCAGGACGACCGGGAGAAGCGGAAGAAGGGCGCAGAGAAGGCGUGGCAAUUCAUGUUGCGCCUCAAGGUGCCCGGCGGCGAGGUGCCCGGCCCGCUCUUCAAGGUCCUCGACGACCUCUGCAUGGACUACGGCCAGCAGGACCUGCGCAUGACGACGCGCCAGGCCUUCCAGAUGCACGGCAUCUCCAAGGCCAACCUCAAGCACGUCAUCCGCACGAUCAUGGAGGCGGGGUCGACGACGAUCGGCGGCUGCGGCGACAUCAACCGCAACGUCAUGCUCCCGCCGGCGCCCAUCGACGACCCGAAGCGGCCCUGGUACAAGGAGGCGCGGCGCGUCGGCGCCAUCUGCGCGGAGCUCUUCGUGCCGCAGACCGAGGCGUUCUCCGAGAUCUGGUGCGACGGCGAGAAGCUCGCGUCCGUGCAGUACUGGAAGCGCCACAUGCUCGACGACGUGCCCUCCGUCGCCGCCUUCGACCAGGCCGCCGAGCAGGCCUGCGACGACCGGGUCCAGGGCUGGAUGCGGAGCGUCGACGGCAACGGCAUCAACCUCGACCAUCCCGUCGAGCCCAUCUACGGCGACACGUACCUGCCGCGCAAGUUCAAGAUCGGCGUCACCGUCGAGGGCGACAACUCCAUCGACGUCUACAUCAACGAUAUCGGCAUCAUCGUCCUCGAGGACGGGUCCGGCUACAACGUCGCCGUCGGCGGCGGGCUCGGCCGCACGCACGGCAAGGAGACGACGUUCGCGCGCGCGGCCCACGAGAUGUGCUUCGUGCCCGAGGAGCAGCUCGUGCUCGUGCUCAAGGCCAUCGUCGCCGCCCAGCGGGACCACGGCAACCGCGAGGUCCGCGCGAACGCGCGGCUCAAGUACCUCGUGCACACGCUCGGCGAGGCCAACUUCAAGUCCCUCGUCGAGUCCUACCUCGGCUUCGAGCUCGCGGACCCCAAGCCGAGCAAGCCCUGGCGCUACAGCGACUGGAUGGGCUGGCACGACGCCGGCGACGGGUCCCUCUUCGUCGGCAUCAACGUCGACCAGGGCCGCAUCCGCGACUUCGCGACGCCGCAGACCGCGGGCGCGAAGCCCCAGCUGCGCACCUUCCUCCGCGAGGCCGUGGAUUUGUACGGCGUCGACAUCAUCCUGAGCCCGACGCAGUCCAUGAUCCUCCAGAACGUGAAGCCGGGCGACAAGGCGGCGAUCGACGCGUUGAUGGCGAAGCACGACGUGCUGCCCAUCGAGGCCGUGGACCCGCUCCAGCGCCUCUCCAUGGCCUGCCCGGCGCUGCCCCUCUGCGGCCUCGCGGUCACGGAGGCCGAGCGCUACAUGCCGAAGAUGAUCGAGCGCGUCCGCAACGUGCUCGACCACGUCGGCCUCCACGACGACGAGAUCAUGAUGCGCAUGACGGGCUGCCCCAACGGCUGCGCGCGGCCCUACAUGGCCGAGCUCGCCUUCGUCGGCGACGGCAAGGCGUCCUACCAGCUCUACGUCGGCGGCUCGCCCGUGCUCACGCGCGUCGGCUUCGAGUACAAGGAGCGGUGCAAGGUGAAGACGAUGGAGCACUCGCUCGAGCCCCUCUUCGCCAUGUGGCGCGACCAGCGCGUCGACGAGGCCGAGGCCUUCGGCGACUUCGCCCAGCGCGUCGGCCAGCCCGCGCUCGCGGCCUUCGCGGCGGACUACGCCUGCACGUCCGAGAUCAACGCGGACCUCGCCAAGUCCAUCAACACGGGCAACGCUGCUGAAGACGAAACCUCCGGCGCGGGCAUGACGGACUCGCUGGGCAGCCUCGUGGAGAACCUGCGGCCGCACCCGAGCUCGCUGCGGAAGCAGGUCGAGGCGCGGCACAAGAGCGCGGGCGAGUUCAGCUUCUAUGGCCCCGCGGGCAGCGACUUCGGCCAGUCGCUCUGCAAGCCGCGGACGCGCGACGCGGGCCACUUCUCGCCGGGCCCCGCGCGGUACAACUACCUCCACAUGACGCCGGAGCUGGUCACGCGCCUCAACCAGCACCGCGCGAAGCAGCAGGACUGGCCGAGCUCGGCGAACUUCAACACGUCCGACAUCCAGAGCAAGUUCACCUUCGAGCAGUCGCGGCCCUUCUUCGACCCGCUGCCGAACUCGUGCCAGUCGACGAUCAGGGAGCGGCUCCGGCGGCACAACCCAAACCAGCCGUGA